AUGGGAUCGAUCAUCCCCUUCUUUUUCAUUCCAGCUUGUUUCGCUGUACCCUAUGCCGAGUACAUCUAUGCACCGCCCUCAAGAACCUUGAUUCCACCAGCGGUAAUCGGCGUAAAUGGCUCUGUCACAACCCCAGAAUCUCUGACCAAUGCCAGUGAUGUUCGCCCAGCUGUCUUCAACGGCCCCUCAUCAGUAACUUUUGAUUUCCAGAAGAAUGUUGCUGGGAUAGUUUCCGUCAAUGUCGCUUCGGCUUCUUCUGACGCCUUCAUUGGCGUAACCUUUUCCGAGUCGAGCCUAUACAUCAGCGAGCAGUCUUGCGAUGCCACAGCGGACGCAGGAUUUGACAGUCCUCUUUGGUUCUCCCUUGUAGAUGGACCCGGUACUUAUACGGCAGCAGAAAAGCACAACAGAGGCGGCUUCCGGUACAUGACUUUGGUCAGCAAUACGACGGGGAGUGUAUCUCUGAAUUUCGUGACGGUCAACUUCACAGCCGCACCGAAGCAGGACUUGCGUGCAUAUACCGGUUAUUUUCACUCAAACGACCAGCUAUUAAACCGGAUUUGGUACGCUGGGGCAUAUACAAACCAGCUGUCGACGAUUGACCCAGCAAUGGGCAACGCUCUCCCGUGGUUUCAGAUAAUCACUAGCACAGAUACCAUUGCGCUUCCGGAGACCAUCCAGUGGUGGAGCAACUACACUAUCUCAAAUGGCAGCAGCGUUCUCACCGAUGGCGCUAAGCGAGACCGGCUGAUUUGGCCCGGCGAUAUGUCGACCUCACUGGAAGCGAUCGGCGUGAGCACGUAUGACCUAUAUAGCAUCAAAGUAGCACUGGAGCUACUGUUUGGUUUGCAGAAGGAAAACGGCCGUCUACCGUAUGCUAGCCCGCCCUUCGCUGAUACCGUCAGCUUCACGUACCACUGUCACAGUCUCAACGGUCUUUCUCUAUACUAUCUCUAUUCUGGCGACCUGGAGUGGUUGUCUAAGUAUUGGAAUCAGUUCAAACUAGGAAUCGACUAUGCGCUUUCAAGUGUUGACGCCACUGGCCUGGCUAAUAUUACUGCCAGUUCGGACUGGCUACGUUUUGGAAUGGGUGGUCAUAACAUCGAAGCUAACUCCCUCCUUUACUAUGUUCUCAAUCAAGGCCUGAUCCUGGCAGCCGUCCUUAACGACACCUCCGUCGGGAACAUAUGGACCAUCAAAGCAAGAAAUAUCAAGGCCGCCGCGAAUCAGCACCUCUGGGACCACGACGCCGGCCUCUUCCGUGACAAUGAGACCACGACCCUCUACCCUCAAGAUGGCAAUGUCUGGGCCGUGAAGUCCAACCUAACCCAGUCACUAUCCCAAAUCCGACAAAUAUCCCAGUCUCUGCGCAACCGCUGGGGAAAAUACGGUGCGCCAGCCCCCGAGGCCGGACGCACUGUAUCACCUUUCAUCAGUGGCUUUGAGCUGCAAGCGCACUAUAUUGCCGGGAAUCCCAACUCUGCGUUGGAACUACUCCGUCUAGAAUGGGGCUUCAUGAUGGAUGACCCACGCAUGACCAACUCAACCUUCAUUGAGGGGUACUCAUCCGACGGUUCGCUGCAUUACGAGCCGUACACUAACGACCCCCGCGUGUCGCAUUCGCAUGGCUGGUCUACCGGCCCGACAUCGAUUCUUAUGCACUAUGCCGCAGGGCUUCGGUUGAAGUCCGCUGCUGGAGCGACCUGGUCCAUUGCUCCACAGCCUGGUGAUCUGACAUUUGUCGAUGCGGGUUUUGUCACGAAGCUUGGCUCCUUUGCAGUUGCUUUUGAGGUGCGCAAUGGGACGUACCAGCAUCUGCGCUUCAGUACGCCAGUUGGAACAAUAGGGGAUCUUGUUUUGCCAGGGUCGAAUGGGACUUUGAUCAGUGUCAAUGGACUCAAGGUUGCACUCGGUGCUGAUGGUGUGGCUAGCGGGCUGGCAGGGGGCAAUUGGACUUUUGUUCCCAGAAGCCCGGCGAGGACAAGAGGAUGA